AUGGAUCGUGUGUGUGUUAGUGUUUCGGAUGAGGCUUUUAAGAAAUCUAUUGUUGGAGAAAUUCACUCUGUAUUGCGUAUGACUACAAGUAAACAGAAGAACGUAGCUGUUGGACUCUCCGGUGGUUCCAUGCCCAUCCAGAUUUCUCCCGGUUUGGUCGCAUUGGAAGAUGUUGAUUGGACACGUGUGCACUUCUUCUUCUGUGACGAAAGAGUCGUUCCAUUUGAUGACCCAGAGUCAACGUUUGGUGUCUACCAAAAGAACCUUUUUUCAAAACUUCCAACCACACCUGUUGUUCACAAGAUAGAUCCUACUGCCGAAACAACAGACGAAGUGGCGAAGCUUUACCAAAAAGACAUUCUUGAAUACUUUGGCACAGAAAACGGCUACCCAUCUUUUGAUCUCCUCCUUCUGGGCAUGGGUCCAGAUGGUCACACUUGUUCGCUGUUCCCGCAUCACAAACUACUGGAGAUUGAAAAUCUGAUUGUCGCUCCUAUCACUGAUAGCCCGAAGCCCCCACCGAAUCGGGUGACUCUAACCCUCCCAGUGAUUAACAAGGCCAGCAAGGUGAUGUUUAUUAUCAACGGAGUCAAUAAAGCCGAAGUUAUUAAGAGGAUCCUAGAGGAUGAACGUCCGUCGCCGAUGUACCCAGCAAGCAUGGUUCAGCCCCUUACCUCGAAACUGUCUUGGCACCUUGAUGGGGCUGCAGCCCAGCUGCUUACCCCCACCAAAUAG